AUGGUACAGGCUAGAUUGAAAUUAAACAAAAAUAAGAAAUCAAAUAGAACUACUAAAAGAGACCACCAUAAUAAAUCAGGUUUACGUAAAGCCGCUCCAUUAAAACUUAAACCAAAAUCUACUAAGGCUGGUUUACAUCUUCACAAGUUGGCCAGCAAAUAUUCCCUAACUCAAGCUACUGAGAAAUUAGUAUCAGCAAAAGUUGGUCAUUUAGAGUUAUUGAAAGGAACAAGGAAAGAGUUGGAAAAAAAAAACAAAAAAUGA